AUGUCAUCCUCCUUCCAAUUCACCAGCAGCAGGCUGCAGACUGUGCAAGGCGGUGACAGCGCUGGGGACGACGACGAAGACGAUCAUUUCGAUGAGGAUGCUCCCUUGCUCUCGAGCUCCGGACGGCUGAAGGGAGAUAGCGCAUUUGCCACCGGUGGCUAUGGAUCCAGUGAGCACCGGAGGAGCAGGCCACAGAGCCAGCGAGACUCGAGCCGGUCCAGCAGCCGGAGGAAGCAUCUCAGACCCUUCUUCCCCCAAAGCGAGAGCUACAAUGUGAACUACCCCCCUUCUGUGCCCGGCAGCCCGCCAAUGCGGCCCACCGAGAGAAGCGGGCUGAACUUUGGCGAUGCUCUGCUCAGGGACGAGAUCGCUCCCGAGGGCUCGCCCCGCAGGCUCGACUCUCGCGGCGAUCUGGGAGAGUCGGACCACUCUCCGCACAUCUCGCCCAUUCAGAGGCGGCAUACCAUUGCCCUGCAGGCGGAGGAAGAUGUGUGCUUCCCCCAGGAAGGCCUAUCGGAGUUGGGCGACGACGAGGCCAAUGUCCGCGACGGUGCUGUCUAUCGCGGCGGCCGCGGAAGACGGCGUCGCGGUAGGUGGCCCGAUCUCGGAAUUCUGGACGAGUGGAGCAGGCUUGAAAAGGAAGGCAGGAGCGACGAGCGGCGCGCCAAGAAGAUUACGGAACCGCAGCUGAUCAACGGCCGACUCAGGCCGGUGCACAAGGGGUGGUACCGUGCCGAAGAGGACGCCCCCUACCGCUUCACCUACUUCAACGAGGAGUUUCAGAGCACGAUCCAUAGCCAGACCAUAUCCGAGCUGGUGCAGCCGGGAGGCAGCUUUAAGGAACUGUUUCUCCCCGACCCGCCAAUCUUGUCGGAUUCGUCUGAUGACGAGGAGGAGGAGCUCGGCCCCGAUGCCGCUUUACAUUAUCGCAGCAUAGACAGCCUGAGGAAUGGCGAGACCAAGGUGCCGACCCGUCAGUCCUCUCUGCUCGGUCAGUUACACCACAACUCCGAAACUCUGAAGGAGGGCCACAUGUCACCGACCAAAGAAGGGGAGACUUCCAAGACGUCGCAAAAGACAUCUGGCACCGCUACGCCAGGCUCGGUCAAAUCUCCCGCGACGGAGAAGGCCACCCUCCACGAGCAACCCGAGAAACCCGAGAAGCCGACCCGAUAUGGUGAGCGACCGGUCUGGUGGCUAGAUGUCCUGAGUCCCACAGAGGCGGAGAUGAAGGUCCUCUCCAAGGCGUUUGGCAUCCACCCUCUCACCGCCGAGGAUAUCAUGAUGCAGGAAGCGCGAGAGAAGGUCGAGCUUUUCAGGCACUACUACCUGGUCAACUACCGGUCUUUUGACCAGGACCAGAGCAGCGAGAACUUUCUGGAGCCGGUCAAUGUCUACGUCGUGGUCUUCCGCGAAGGCGUCAUCAGCUUUCACUUCUCCAUGACGCCGCACCCGGCCAAUGUGCGGCGCCGCGUGCGCCAGCUGCGCGACUACAUGAUCCUGUCGGCGGACUGGAUCUCGUACGCCAUCAUCGACGACAUCACCGACGUGUUUGUGCCGCUGAUACAGAACAUCGAAGAGGAGGUCGACGACAUCGACGACGCCAUCCUCCGCCUGCACUCGUCCUCGGACCCGGCGUCGUCGGACCACAACAAGAAGGACAGCGAGAAGCGCUCCGACGGCGCGGGCGAGUCGUCGUCGGCCCCCGAGUCGGGCGCCGACAUGCUCCGGCGCGUGGGCGACUGCCGCAAGAAGGUCAUGAUGCUGUACCGGCUGCUCGGCAACAAGGCCGACGUGAUCAAGGGCUUCGCCAAGCGCUGCAACGAGCACUGGGAGGUGGCGCCCCGGUCCGAGAUCGGCCUCUACCUCGGCGACAUCCAGGACCACAUCGUCACCAUGACGGCCAACCUGUCGCACUACGAGAAGAUCCUGGCCCGCUCCCACGGCAACUACCUCGCCCAGAUCAACAUCCGCAUGAACGAGCGCCAGGAGCAGACGGCCGACGUGCUCGGCCGCCUCACCGUCCUGGGCACCAUCGUCCUGCCCAUGAACAUCAUCACCGGCCUCUGGGGCAUGAACGUCUGGGUCCCCGGCCAGGAGUGGGAGGGCGACCUCAAGUGGUUCUGGGCCAUCACGGCCGGCCUGCUGUGCUUUGGGCUCGCGUGCUACGCCAUCGCCAAGAGGGUGUACAAGAUUGUCUAA